CGGGUACGGAAAAUGGCGGAAGCCCAGUGACUAAGCUCUGAAGAACACUGUGGAGCCAUGGAGAAUGAACAGGUUGGAACGACAUGCGCUGCACCUGCCACAACGAGCACUUCCACAGCGCCAGUAUCCAUGUACAGCAGCUCAGACCGCCAUGCUGUUCAGGUUAUCCAGCAGACGUUAAACCGGCCACCGAGUUCGGCAGCGCAGUACCUGCAGCAGAUGUACGCAGCUCAACAACAACAUCUUAUGCUUCAGACGGCCGCUCUACAACAACAGCACCUAAGCAGCACUCAGCUCCAGAGCCUGGCCUCCGUUCAGCAGGCAAGCGUAUCUGGAGAGAGACGCUCUGCGUCUCCUGUUACUAUUACGCAGCAGUCCAACGUUUCCCAGCCGUCUCUGAACCUCUCCACAUCUCCUCCACCACCUCAAAUUAUGAGUCGUUCCCAGACGUCGAGCACCACCAGUAGCACUAUCACCCAGAAGACUAUGUUAUUGGGAAGCACCUCUCCCACCCUAAGUGCGAGCCAGGCUCAGAUGUAUCUGAGAGCUCAGAUGUUAAUAUUUACACCUACAGCCACUGUAGCCGCAGUCCAGUCUGAUAUUCCCGUUAUUUCUUCUUCUUCGACUUCAUCUUCCUGUCAGUCCACAGCAACGCAGGUUCAAAAUUUGACACUAAGAAACCAACCGAUGAUUGAGAUGUCCUGUUCACAAGGCAGCCCACCAAAAAUCAGCAACCCUGACCAGCCCCUCGCUAUAUGUCACAAAACCACCAUAACCAGUUCCAAAGCCAUCCACUCAGACUUGAGUUCUGAGAAUACUCGGAAAGGAGAGAGCCCGGCUCCAGAGUCUCGCUGCACAGCUGUAACCCGUGCAGGCUUGCAUCAGCUCAUAACACCAGUGUCAUAUUCUCCAAUUCAUCCACACUCUCUGGGCAAAUAUCCAGCAAUACCACUCCAUCCCGACACUUCCAAACUGCCCCAUCAUCACAUGAUAUUACAGCAGCAGCAGCAGAUUCAACACAGGCAUCAAAUCCAAACGAUUACCCUGCAUAAUCCCAAUACAGAGCCCCAUUGUGGUCAGCACUGCAUACCAAUCGCCAGUAUGCCCAUCCACAGCAGCGCUCAUUCACACCACUGUACCCCAGUUCAAACCCCACCACCUCCAUCCCCCACUCUGUCUCAGUCGGCUCAGCAAUCUGUGGUGGUAUCUCCACCACCAAAUCAAAACCUGUGUCAGUCUCCUUCGAUCAUUUUUCAUCCACAGGCCCUCAUACAGUCUCAGCCACCUCUACUGGUGCAGUCAACCCUUCCUUCAAGAGAGCAUUCUCAGAACACAUUACAUUCAGCACCACAGCUAGCUCUUCCAACACACAUUACACCUGCCCUGUCACCAGGACCUCACCGUGAACCUUUACAUCAGCAAGAUAUGGUGUCACCUGGGCAGCAGAUAAUGUCACCAGUGACACGAUCUCAGCCAUUGGCACUCCAACAGCCUCCACCAACAGCUUCCUCUGCACAACUACCAACGUCCCCUCCUGCCCAGCUGCAACCAUUGCCCCUGCAGUCCAUGCAAGCCAUAGCAGUACAACCCGAAAUGUUAACACCUGGUCAAGUUUUGAUGCAGAAUGCGUUGCUUUCUGAAGAAGAGCUUCCUGCAGCAGAAGCCUUGGUUCAGCUGCCAUUCCAGGCUCUUCCUCCACCCCAAACUGUUGCAGUAAACCUACACAUAGAACCUGCACAAGCAGAAGCACCGGUGGUUUACCAGGUAGAGAAUGUGUGCUCGGACGAAUUGCCGGUGGUCCAGCAAGAGUGUGUCCGUGUUGUUACACAUACCCCCACUCCGCCAACAAUGUCUCCACCAGCCCUUCCUGUUGGAAGUGGAGAAGAGGUUCCAGUCGAUCACAUUUUGCAAGGGCUGCCCAGCUUGGCAUCUUCUGCGAGCGCCUCAGUAAUCAAGUCUCCGUCUGACUCUUCCCAUGCCUCCAUCCCAGCCCCUCCACUGCUGCUGCCGGCUGCUACAACAAGAACCAAUAGUGCUUUAAAACCCAACAGCAUUCCAGUCCUAGACAACAAACUUCCCCAGGCCAUAGUGCGGCCACAGGUCCUGACCCACGUUAUAGAGGGUUUUGUAAUUCAGGAGGGCAUAGAACCGUUUCCUGUAAGUCGAUCUUCUCUAUUGGUGGAAGAGACUUGUAAAGGACAAACCCCUCCAGAUGAGAACAUCAUGAACAUCGCCGACAUGGAACCUGAAAAUCAAAGCAUGGCUAAGCUUCCUGAUAAUACUACAGACACAGACAUGGAAGACCUGACCACUGAGGAAGGUGUGGAUGAGCCGGAUGGAGAGCUCUUGGAAUGUGAAUUUUGUGGGAAGACUGGAUAUCCCAACAAGUUCUUGAGAUCAAAAAGAUUCUGUUCUCAGACAUGUGCAAAGAGGUACAAUGUAAAUGGCACAAAAAGAUCUGGACUCUUCAAGACCGAUAAAAGUAGUAGGUGGAGUAGAAAGAUGGAAGGGAAUCUCGGGCGCCGUGGGAGACGUCCUAGUAGCACCGGAGGGUUAGUCAGAGAACACUACCUUAGACAGCUACCAACAGCAUAUUCACAUACAGAUGAAGUUAUGGCAGAUGCCCAAGAAGAUUCUGUCCCUGUCGCUAUGACCACCCGCCUUCGACGUCAGAGUGAGAGAGAACAUGAAUUACGUCUCCUUCAGACAAGAAACGCACCACCCGACACUGAGCUGCCACCAGACGCAGAAACCGAGCCAUCCCUAUGGACAGUUGAAGAUGUUUGGGCUUUCAUACGUUCUUUGCCAGGGUGUCAUGAUAUUGCAGAGGAGUUCAGAAUACAGGAGAUUGAUGGACAGGCUCUUCUCUUACUGAAAGAAGACCAUCUUAUGAGCACCAUGAAUAUUAAAUUAGGGCCUGCCUUGAAGAUCUGCGCCCAGAUUAACUCGCUGAAAGAGACGUAGUCGGUAGUGAAGGUGUAGACAACAAAACUGACCAUAAAUAAGUAAUGUCGUUUCCAAGUAAGUUACAUUAGGAGUCCGUAGUUUUGUAACUUUGUACCCAUCGCUGUUUAAAGCUAUUUCAUAUUCAUCAGCUUCAGUGAUCUUGGGUGUUUAGUCUCCAGUGAAGCGGAAUACGUUUAUCAAAGAGUGGGUCAGAUGACUGGGCAUAAUUUGGCAAAAACAAAAAGAUUCAUCCUAUCCAUGUCAUUUUAACAGAACCGUAGCGGUCUCGGUUAUGACAUAUAGUGUUAAAAGUAAGAGAUCACAGGUAAGCAGCUUAUUGGUAAUUUACAUUCCACUGCUUUAUAGUUUUGCUCAAUUGAAAUACAUAUCA